AUGACUGUCCCCGACUACGACGUUGCCAUUGUCGGCGCGGGUAUUGCGGCAGCACGCUCGCCUCGCUCCUCGCUCCUCAUGCCCGUGUCAUUCUCAUUGACCGCGACGUCACGCGCCCGCGUUGUUGCGCAGAUCAACACACUCCCUGUCCUCACCGAGCUGGCCCGGCGCAGUGUGGCAGCGUACACCGCCAUUCCAAACGGGUUCGACAACGUCGGUUGUCUGGAGGUCGUGCGUGGCGCCGAUGGCAAGAACUGGAUUCAGGAUCGCGUGGCUGUCGCUCGCGAGCGCAAGCUCGAGCAUUCGGUGCUCACCACGAAGGAGGCGCAGAGCCUCGCACCUGCGUUCGUCCACGACGACGCGACUGGUGCCAUCUACUACCCCAACGACGGCACGGCCAAUGCCAAGACGCAUUACCGUCUUGGUCAGACAUACACGAUCACGACGUCUGACGACGCGCACACUGCCCGCCGUGUGGUGGUCGCCACUGGCGUCUGGGCCGGCCAACUCUGUCCGUGCCUCGCUUCUCGCGCUGUGGCCUUUGCGCACCCGUACGCGUUUGCCAACCGCCACGCACCUCGCACUCGCAUGGCCCCCUUUGCUCGCUUCCCCGACGCUGUCAUGUACGUCCGCGACCACGGCGACCGCAUCGGUAUCGGCAGCUACAACCACGACCCGGUUGUCGUCCGUACCGCUGCCACCAAGGUUCUCCCCACUGCGUACACCCCGUUCCAGCCCCAGUUCACACACACGAUGGACGACGCGAUCCGACUUCUCCCGCCGUCCACGGCUGCUACGUUUGCCGGCCGUGUGGACGCACAGCCCGCCGAGCUCACCAUGCUGGCAGCCGGCAAUGUCCCAUACGGCUUCACCGGCGUGUUCACAAUCACGCCCGACGGACUGCCCCUUGUGGGCCGCAUCAAUUUGGGCAUGUACGCUGCCAUUGGUGCUGGGUCACACGCUGCCGGCAGUAUGCGUGUCCUUGCGGAUCUGAUCGUUGCCGACAUCCGUGGCGAGGACGCGCCCGAGGCGGACGAGUGGCUCCGUGCGGCUCUCGACCCGUGCCGCUUCCACCCUAUGGCGGAUGUCGAGUGCGAGAGCCACGCUGUGGACAAGUACAAGGACAUCUGGAACAAGAAGGACCAGGCCAAGGUGCUUGCUGCCCUGUAA